AUGCGCCUCACACUCCUUUCCCUCCUCGCCCUCCCUCUAACCCUCGCGACCGACUGGGCGGCCGCCUCGGCGUCUGCCCCUGACGGCGUGCUCCAGCUCAACACCGAGACGUUCAACGAGCUGACUGCGCCUGACCGCGAAUGGGGCGCGACCAUCGUCCUUACCGCCAUGCCAGCGGGAUUCAAGUGUGCGCCGUGUCACGACUUUGACCCGAUCUUCCGUACCGUCGCCCGUUCGUGGCGCCGGAAGAGCAAGGAUGUACGCGACAAGCACUUCUUCGCCGAGCUCGACUUUAGCGCCGGACAGGACGUGUUCCAGCGCCUCGGGCUCACCAGCGCUCCGACAGUCUACUAUUACCCGCCCGCCGCGGGUGAGAGGAAGGCGGCCAAGACGGCCGCUGUCAACUUUGACCUGAACCGCGCUGGCCUCUCCAUCCCGCCCCUCCACGCGUGGGUCAAGUCGACGACGCCAGAGUCCUUCGACAUCUACAUCAAAAAGUCGCCUAUCCCAUUCCUCAUCGCCCCCCUCGUCGUCGCCACUAUCCUGUACGCAGCCUACUCUGCGCGCGCGAUCCUCCUCCCAAUCAUGACCAGCCGUAUCAUCUGGGGCGUGGGUACGACCAUGCUCUGCAUCACCUUUACGAGUGGCUAUAUGUGGAACAAGAUUAAGAACGCGCCCUACGUCCAAAGCGGCGCCGGCGGUCGCAUCUCCUGGGUCGCUGGCGGAUACCAGAACCAGCUCGGCCUCGAGUCGCAGGUCGUCGGUGCGCUGUACGGCGUGCUUGCCCUCACCAUCGUCGUUCUCUCGGUCUUCAUCCCCGCCCAGAGCUCGCCCACCAAGCAGCGCGUCGGGACGUACCUGUGGCUCGCGCUUUUGGUCGUGCUCUUCUCCCUCCUUAUCCGGCUGUUCAAGCUCAAGAAUGGCGGAUAUCCGUUCGGGCUGUUCUAA